AUGGACCCCCACAAAGUGAACGAGUUUCGGGCCUUUGUGAAAUUGUGUAAGGAGGACCCGAGUAUUCUGCGCACCGAGGACAGGUGCUUCUUGAGAAAGUGGGUGGAGAGCAUGGGAGGUAAAGUACCACCUGAUGCUCAGAAAACUAAAGAAGAAAACACCAAGGAAGAAAGUACAGAUAGUACGAAGGCAGAAGAAAACAUAAAGACAGAGGAACCAUCAAAUGAGGAGAGUGAUCUAGAAAUUGAUAAAGAAGGUGUGAUUGAACCAGACACUGAUGCUCCUCAAGAAAUGGGAGAUGAAAAUGCAGAGAUAACUGAGGAGAUGAUGGAUCAGGCAAAUGAUAAGAAAGUGGCUGCCACUGAUGCCCUAAAUGAUGAUGAGCUACAGAAAGCCAUCAACUUGUUCACAGAUGCCAUCAAGCUGGAUCCUCGGUUGGCCAUUUUGUAUGCCAAGAGAGCCAGUGUCUUCAUCAAAUUACAGAAGCCAAAUGCUGCCAUCCGAGGCUGUGACAGAGCCAUUGAAAUAAAUCCUGAUUCAACUCAGCCUUACAAGUGGAGAGGGAAAGCAUACAGACUUCUGGGCCUUUGGGAAGAAGCAGCCCAUGAUCUUGCCCUUGCCUGUAAACUGGAUUUUGAUGAUGAUGUUUGUGCUAUGCUGAAGGAAUUUCAACCUAGGGCCCAGAAAAUUGCAGAACAUCAGAGAAAGUAUGAGAGAAAACGUGAAGAGCGGGAGAUCAAAGAAAGAACAGAAAGGGUUAAGAAGGCUCGAGAAGAACAUGAGAAAGCCCAGAGGGAGGAAGAAGCCAGAUGACAAUCAGGAGCUCAGUAUGGCUCUUUUCCAGGUGGCUUUCCUGGAGGAAUGCCUGGUAAUUUUCCUGGAGGAAUGCCUGGAAUGGCAGGAGG